AUGAGCCUCGACUCUCGGUCAGAGUGGGUCAACGGGACAAGCCAUCGUGUCCAGACCGGUCCCGGUCAAUGCAUGCAAGCUGCGCCAUACGUGUGCUCUGGACUCUGGACUCGUCCCGUCUCCAUUUUGGCCGGUCUGUUUAGCCCUUUAAUAAAGCAGGAUCGUCGGUCGGAUCGUCGUGAGACAUUCGUUGACAGCGCCAAGUGCCAAGAACGCUCUAUCCGAGCCGAGGGCUCGUUCACUACAGACUUGGUCUGGACGGGAUGA